GUCUCGUAAGGUCCGCAUCAGUUUCAGUAGUGAUCUCUGCAUCGCCACACCAUUAUCGCCACCAUGAACGCUAUACUUGUAUUAGCCAUUCUCAGCCUGGCAAUGCCUAUUUAUGGCGAAGAAACACAGGUAGAAAAAAAACAAGAGAAGAGGGGUGCCUUAGGGUUGGGUUACGGAGGAUACGGAGGAUACGGAUUAGGAAACUCUCUGAUUGCAGGAUCGACUUAUGGAGGUCACGCCCUUUCGAUUUCAGGUCACGGACAAAGUUAUCUCGGUGGUAUUGCCCCGGGAAUUGCCUCCUCGGGUCACGGCAUUUCCGCACCUGCCUACAGCUACAGCGUGCCCAUAGCGUCUCAUGGAUACAGCGCUCCGCUGGCUUAUCGUAUUGGUUAUUCUGGUGGUCCAGGAUACGGUGGUGCGAACCUAGGAGGACUAGGACACGGUGCCGCAGGAGCCUCAUAUGGCACCGGAUUGGGAUACGGUGCGAGGGGUCUUGGACACGGUGCGGGACUAGGAUAUGGUGCCGGACUCGGAUACAGCGCGGGAUUGGGACACGGUCUUGGUGCCGGUCUAGGUGUCGGUUAUGGUGCCGGUUACGGUGCCGGUUACGGUGCCGGUUACGGUCACGGAUGGUGAAGACGCGACGGCUGAUGAAUUAUCUGACACACGUGGUGUCGCGAAACGUCCAUAAUCCUUCAAUUUCUCUUGUCAACUUUGUCCUGAUUGGCCUUACCACCCUCAAGCUUUAUAUCGUGCGACUUCCAAAUAAAUUUUAUAUUUUUUAAUAAUUCGCAGUACCUUUUUUAUAUAUCCAUUAC